CGGUCCUAUGCUGCUGCCGUUUCCCGGAGCAUGAUGGGAAUUGUAGUUCCACAGCCAUGGUUGCCGAUGCCGACCUUUCAUUCUGUGAACCUUCCCAAAUAUCGGGCCCACGCUGUGAGGGCGUAGCGGGUACAUGGUGUACAGAGCCUUCCUGCUGUCCAGCCCAGAUUGGUGGCCGUAAGCAAGACCAAGCCGGCCAACAUGGUGAUUGAGGCUUACAAUCAAGGCCAGCGCUUUUUUGGGGAGAACUAUGCUCAAGAACUGGUUGAAAAGGCCUCAGAUGCUAAUAUUUUAUCUUCCUGCCCAGAGAUUAAAUGGCAUUUCAUUGGGCAUCUGCAGAAAAACCACAUCAACAAGUUAGUUGCUGUUCCAAACCUUCACAUUUUGGAGACCAUAGAUUCUGCGAAGCUUGCGGACAAGCUCAAUGCCUCUUGGCAGAGAAAGGGAUCAGCUGAGAAAUUGAAGGUUAUGGUUCAAGUCAACACCAGCAGUGAAGAAAGCAAACAUGGCCUCCCUCCAUCAGACACAGUUGAGUUGGUAAAACAUAUCCGGGAGAAGUGCCCAGGUUUGGAGUUUGUGGGUCUGAUGACCAUUGGAAGCUUUGGCUAUGACCUCUCACAAGGCCCCAACCCUGACUUCCAGUUGCUUCUGAAACAGCGUGAAGAAGUCUGUGAGAAGCUGGGACUUCCAGUGGAUGCAGUGGAGCUGAGCAUGGGGAUGUCAUCAGACUUUGAACAUGCAAUUGAGGUGGGCUCCACCAAUGUUCGUGUUGGUAGCACCAUUUUUGGAGAACGGGUCUAUCCAAACCAUUAAAAGGAGAAGCAAGAGUCACUAGCACAGACAAGAAAAUCCAAAGCUUUUCUGUCAGUGAGCAGUGAGAUGCCGAUGGCACCAGCUAUGUACAAGGCAUCUAACUGUUUGCUAUGUAAUAGUGCACAGAGACGGACCUGUAAUGAUCAGAGAACACACUGAUUGUGUAGUAGUGAUGUGCUUUGUGAAUGUAUAUUGAAGAUGUCAUCAAAUCUGUCAUUGCAUAAUUUUUAGCAGAGCAGCACCAGAUGCUUGAUUGGUGUGGAGGAAUUAAUUUAUCGAUGUUCUUCUGAGACGUGGUCUUCUCAUGGGAGGAUUGGUGUGUGUACAAAGUCUGAUUAAAGUCAAACCAUCAUCAUAGUAACUGAGAGUCUUGAAGGACAGGCUCCUCAUCAUCUGAGAGAUGUGAGCAGCAUCAAUAGACCUAUGUCCCACCUCUCUGCCUAUGUAUCUCUCUGCUUUUUUAACAUCUUAGGAGGCACUAAGAAAGUAAAAUCUGCAUCCAAAGAAAUUCAAGGCGUUCUCCUGCAUUAUAAAGAAUAUCUUCCGGACACAGCCCUGCACAUGUCCACAGGUUUGUUUGUGGUAUUGCAGCUCAGGACCUUUCAUUUCACUGGAGCUGAGCAACAGUAAUGGACACAACCCAUGGACCGGUGUGGUGCAGUUUCUAGAAGUCAUGGGUUCCCUCACAGAGCAUUCCCUCUUUAUGAUAAAAUGAUUUUAAAAAACCUCACUGAAUGAGUUGCUAUGACAUUCUGUUUUCCUCUAAUGAUUUCUGGGGGUGCUGGGUGGCACUACAUGUGGCCAUCAUUAGGUUGUCACUCAGUGUUUGAAGGCACCUGGAUAUUAGUUCUGCCUAGUUAUGAAAUCACAUGGGGCUGGAGAUGAUGAGUAGUUAGAGCUGCCUUUCAGGAGUCCUGAAAAGCUGGACAACAACAUUUGUGCAAACUAGUGGUGACCACGCCGAUUGUCCAAGUUUUUUUGUUGCUCCAAUGCUUCUAAAAUGAAAUCUUUAAUCAACUUACAAAUAGUCAUUAUAAAAAAUGUCCUACUGUUGUGUGUCUACAGCACUUGUGCAUCUCUGUGGCAACAGACUACAGAUAAAUCCAGUGUAGUCUGAUGCUGCCUUCCAUCUGUCCUCUAGGUCAAGUUAGUAUGAGGCAGGAUACAGAUGGAAACAAGAAUAAAUGUCAGACUACACAGAGCUGAUUUGUAGUCUGUUACUAUGGGGAUGCUCCAGUGCAAUUACAACUGCUCAUCCCACAAGUGAAGGGAAGAAACGGUUGUAGUUAUACUGCACCACCGCUACAAGCUAGAAGACGCAGUGUUCACACGAGCGCUAUAACCCCUUCAACCAGCUGAUUGGCAGGUGUGCUGGGUGUCGGACCCCUGCUGAUCUGAUAUUGAUGACCUUUCCUAAGUAUAGGCUGUAAAUAUCCUGGCACUGCACAAUCCCUGUAAUAAAUCUGCCCCAUUGUGUGUAAAAAUUCAGACUUAAAUGUUGUUUCUCUAUGUGGGCAAAUAAUUUCUAACACGAAAGUCUCUAUUUUUGUUUAUUAAAGUGUCAAUUUACUAUG